AUGCCUCUUUUUGGUAAAUCUCAGAAGAGCCCAGCGGAGUUAGUGCGAUCAUUAAAAGAUGCGGUUACAGCUUUAGAAAGAGGCGAUAAGAAAGCUGAAAAAGCGCAAGAAGAUGUGAGCAAAAAUUUGGUGUUAAUCAAAAAUAUGCUCUAUGGGACAUCUGAUGCCGAGCCGCAAACUGACAUCAUUGUAGCUCAACUCGCCCAGGAGUUAUACAACACUAACUUGCUCCUUCUUCUGAUUCAAAAUUUAAACCGCAUCGACUUUGAAGGAAAAAAAGAUGUUGCCCAAGUGUUCAAUAAUGUUUUGAGGCGUCAAAUCGGAACUCGUUCCCCCACGGUCGAGUACAUAUGUACAAAGCCUGAGAUUUUGUUCACUUUAAUGUCCGGCUAUGAACAUCAAGAGAUAGCUUCCAACUGUGGUACAAUGCUGAGGGAGUGCGCGAGAUACGAAGCACUGGCUAAGAUAAUGUUAUAUUCAGAUGAUUUUUACAAUUUCUUCCGUUACGUAGAGGUUUCCACUUUUGAUAUCGCCUCCGAUGCCUUUUCUACAUUUAAGGAAUUAUUAACUCGGCAUAAAAUAUUGUGUGCCGAGUUUUUAGAAGCAAAUUAUGACAAGGUGUUCAGUCACUACCAAAGGCUUUUGAAUUCUGAAAACUAUGUAACCCGACGGCAGAGUCUUAAGCUGCUCGGGGAAUUGUUAUUAGAUCGGCAUAACUUUUCUAUAAUGACACGCUACAUCACCAACCCCGAUAACCUCAAGUUAAUGAUGAACAUGCUUAAAGAGAAAUCACGUAAUAUACAAUUUGAAGCUUUCCAUGUAUUUAAGGUGUUUGUUGCUAAUCCUAAUAAACCGAAGCCAAUAUUGGAUAUACUUCUAAGAAACCAGGACAAGUUGGUCGACUUCCUCACCAAGUUCCACACGGAUCGUUCGGAGGACGAACAGUUCAACGACGAAAAGGCUUAUUUAAUAAAGCAAAUCAAAGAGCUUAAGCCAUUAGAACACUAA